UUAUCAUGUUUAAAAAUAAAUCACACAAUUUAGAACAUAGUCCCAUUUUUAUCUAUUUAAUGUUUCAUCUUUUAAAAACAAAAAAGUUCAAUUUGAAGAGACAAAGUUCUCUUUAUGUUCCUUGAAUUAAACUCAUAAGCUGAACCAAAGUUUAUUUAAUUUCCAUAACCAAAGUUGUGUUAUUAUUAUGAAAACCUUAGAAAGAUUGUAACUGACGGUAUCACAUUAUAACACCACCAUAACGCUCUCUUGGUUAUUUAUUUAUUACAAUCAGCUACUUCAUGCUUCAACUCUAAUAAAAAUAAAACCGUUACACAAUCUUUCUAUGUAUCUCUUAUUUAAGUUUCAUUUCAUACUCAUAACAUAACAUGAUAUAUAUUCAUAUUGAAACGUAACACACAUUAGAAAGUGUAACAUUUUUUCUUAUGUGACAAACAAACUAACAAUGAUGUUGUCUUGCAGAGUUGUUGUUGUUUUGUUUGUUAUGGUUUUUGUUGAGGUGGAUUUAGCAGAAUGUGUUAAAGGGGGUGUUAGGAAUUACAUUAGUUGGGAAGAUUUGAUUGUGAAUGAACAAAGGUUGGUUGUGAAGAAAAGCAAUAAUGUUCAAAACAAUGUGGUUAGAGUAAUUGUGGUUGAUCGAAAUGGAAAGGGAGAUUCUAAAACUGUUCAAGGUGCAGUUGAUUUGGUUCCUAAUGGAAACAAACAAAGAGUCAAAAUCUACAUUUUUCCAGGAACUUACAGAGAAAGAGUGUUUGUGCCAAAAACAAAGCCUUACAUAUCAUUUAUAGGUAGAAGAAAUCUCACAGCAAGUCCUGUGAUUACUUGGAACAGUAAAUCAUCAGACAGAGGUCCAAAUGGUCAAGAAUUGGGCACAUAUGGUUCAGCAACUGUAGCAGUUGAAUCAAAUUUUUUCUGUGCAACUGAGAUUACUUUUGAGAAUACAGUGGUUGCGUCACCAGGUGGACGAGGAAUGCAAGCAGUGGCACUAAGGGUAGACAGUGAUAGAGCAAUGUUCUAUAAAGUUAAGAUUAAAGGAACACAAGACACUCUCUUGGACAACACAGGAACUCAUUACUUCUACAAGUGUCUCAUCCAAGGAAAAGUUGAUUUCAUCUUUGGCAAUGCAAAAUCACUCUAUGAGAAGUGUAGGCUUCAAUCAAUAGCUGAGAACUAUGGAGCAAUUGCAGCACAUCAUAGGGAUUCACCUCUUCAAGAUACAGGUUUUUCUUUUGUAGGAUGCAGUAUUAGAGGAACAGGAAAAGUGUACCUUGGAAGAGCUUGGGGAGACUACUCAAGAGUAAUUUACUCAAAUUGUCAUAUGGAUGAUAUUAUUACUCCAGAAGGAUGGUCAUCAUGGAAUCAUCCAGAAAGAAAUAAGACUGCAGUGUUUGGUGAAUUUAAGUGCCAUGGAAUAGGAGCAAAUAUAAAAAAGAGGGUGCCUUGGUCAAAACAAUUCAGCUAUGGAGAAGCAAAGCCUUUCUUGGACAUUAACUUCAUAAAUGGUAAUCAGUGGCUUAGACUGUAGUGUAGCAAUGCACCAAUCAAAUGACAUAUAUUACUUCAUUAAUUAUUUCCUUGUUUAUGAACUUACACAUCAACAAAUGGAAGAAAAAAAAUCUUGUGUUUAUAUCUUCCCACUGAAACAUGGUCUUCUAAGUUAUGAUGUUUCUUUGGUUAUGUGAUAAGUGAUUAGUAUGGGGUCCUAGAUAUUGAAUCUGUUAAGAAUAACCACAAAAUCAGAAAAACAGUAGCAAGAUCAAAUCAAAAUUAUAAACUACAAAAUGUAAAAGUGCUGGAAUUUAAUAGAAGAGGGAGCAAAAUGAAUCACUGAGAAGGGAAGAUCAAGUCGGUAUAAAUGAGUCUCAUUGGCUAUUUGUAUCACCGUUAUUGAGAAACAAUACAAUAUCAUCCAAGUCCUUUCAACACCCUAUUUUCGCCGCUUUCUCUAUGAUC